ACACCCCCGGUCCGAGCCUCCACCUCGUCUGCUGUGCCAUCCUCUCCUCUUCCUCCUCUUCCUCCCGUCCCCGCCACACAAGUCCCUGUCCACCUCCAACCACCCUGUCCGCCCUCCGGCCCUGACUUCCACGCACUGCACCACCGGCCCAGCACUCCCCACCAGAGACCACCUGGCGCGUCCCCCUCAGCCCACAACAUCAGCAGCUCCGCGGUGACGGACCGGACCAACUUCUCCCGGGGGGUGGCCAUCCGCAGCACCUUCCACGCAGGACAGCAGAGAGGUGCCAGAGACCAGCAGGGUUCUCCGGGGGCGCCAGUCUCCCCCUUCCCUCAGCCACGCAACAGCCAGACCAGAAGACCUUGGGCGCCACCGGUAUCUUCUCCAAGUUCACCUCCAAAUUGCGUACGCAGAAAUCUCUCCUUCAGAUUUCUGAGAAGGUCGAUGCUGAGCAGCACCGUCGACAAAUCAGAGAAGAGCGGCGUCCUAGGCUCCUCCCACAGCGGCAGCGGAGACGAGAACAAGGAUAAUUCCUCCCCUGUUUCCGGUACCGCCACCCCGCCACCGAAGGACCCGUCGACCAAACCGCGUUCCCUCCGGUUCACCUGGUCCAUGAAGACCACGUCCUCCUUGGAUCCCGGGGAGAUGAUGAGAGAGAUCCGGAAGGUUCUAGAAUCCAACAGCUGUGAGUACGAGCUGCGGGAGCGCUACAUGCUGCUGUGCAUCUUCGGGAACCCUUCCCGCGACGACUUCGUCCAAUGGGAGAUGGAGGUGUGCAAGCUGCCCCGCCUCUCACUGAACGGCGUGCGCUUCAAGAGGAUCUCCGGGACGUCAAUCGCGUUUAAGAACAUCGCGUCGAAGAUCGCUAACGAGCUCAAACUGUGAGACGGAGAGAGGGAUGGAGAGAUGAGGGGUUUUACACAUGUGGAUAGAGAGGAAUGGAGAGACUGAAUGAGAAAGAUGCUGCACUGAGAGCAGUGCUGGGUAGGUGGGAGGGGUUCAGUGUUUGAGAAGAUAAUGGGUGGAGUGACUGUUCUUCUGUUGGGGGGAGGGGGGGGGUUCUGUCUAGUUUUUUUCCUCUGUUGAGGUUUGUGUUUUAGAACCUCGCUGGGUUCUCUAGCUGGGGUUCUCGUCUUCUAGAUCCACUGCAUGUUGGUUCUGCCGCUCUCUCUUUUCACCUGGUGGUUGUACACACUCUGCCUCUCUCUCGCUGCCACACAAACACGCUGUACUGUACUGAGGGGAGGCCUAAGUCUGAACACACCUUCAUACCUGCUCCGAGGCUCUUCUCCUGUCGGUUCUACUUAAAUGGGUUCUAGACUGGGUUACACUCAGAGUUCUAAAGAGAACAGAGCGGACUGACUUGAUGCUGGAAAUAAACUAACUCAACGCUGGAACGGUUCUCCUGGGUUCUACUGUUCUCUGACCCAAAUGGACUCCCCGGAACCUGAACUGUAGAACACACCACAGGCCUUUGGUGGAAGGACAGUCUUUCUGCCCGUUUGAUGUGAGGGGAGACAGUCAAGACACUGCUCUGUUUUAAGUCUCUCUCACACACACACACACACCAAACUGGACCCCUGGACCC